AUGGCCUUUCAAGCCCAGUUCACCAGACUGGGUUUCGCAGCGAAGGCUUUCAAUAGUCCGUUGGCCAUUCCUUUGAAGCCGACCGGACAACUCCCGGCGGCGAAUGCUAGCGCCUUUCGGACCAAAUCAUCCUUUACGUCGAUCGCUCACAUCGCCCCCGCCGUUCGUUCCCAUUCGACUUUGUCACCUUAUCGCCUGAAGUCCCUUCGCCCAGUCACCCAGCUCAAUGGCCCCUUGGGUUUCCAGCAGCAGCGAUCCUUGUUCGGAGGUUCCUGGCACCAUGUGCUUGCUCAAAAAGAGAGGGUCGCAAACAAAAGCCCGAAUAAUAUCGAAGCACAAAAUGCGUUUUACUUAACGCUUUUGCGUGCCAAGAUGCCCGCUAUUGUGGUAGAACGAUACCGCAGUGGCCACUUUGCCAGCGACACCACCACCGAGGUGUUGGUUCAACAAGCUCAAUCACACCUGGGCGGUGACGCUGCCGCAGGUCCCUUGAACAACAACCUGAGCGCCGAGCAGCUGCAGGCUGUUGGUCAAGCGGUUGCUGCUCGAGCUACCGGCGGUCAAAUUGGAAUGGGAGGGAAGCAAAUUGGCACCGGUGCCAAGGAUGCUCCCCUGUAUGUCGUCGUGGACGAGUCAGUGGGAAGCACUGUGUUCCGCUGGGUCAGGUUCUUGUGUAUCUUCGGUUUCAUCACGUACCUUUCUUUGGUCAUGCUCACCUUGCUCAUGGAAUCCACUGGCGUUCUAAAGAACAUGCGUGGUGCCCAGGACAAGGAAGCUCAACCCGAAGAACAGACUGCCCGUUUCAGCGAUGUGCACGGCUGCGAUGAAGCCAAGGACGAACUGCAAGAGUUGGUGGAGUUCCUCAUCAACCCGGACCGUUUCAAUUCUCUCGGUGGUAAGCUGCCCAAGGGUGUUCUCCUGGUUGGCCCUCCUGGUACUGGUAAAACCUUGCUUGCGCGAGCCGUUGCUGGCGAGGCUGGUGUUCCCUUCUUCUAUAUGUCCGGAUCCGAGUUCGAUGAGGUCUACGUCGGCGUUGGUGCCAAGCGGGUUCGCGAACUGUUUGCCCAGGCCCGUAAGAAGUCACCCGCCAUCAUCUUCAUCGACGAGCUGGAUGCCAUAGGUUCCAAGCGAAACGAGCGUGAUGCGGCCUAUGUCAAGCAGACGCUGAAUCAGCUGCUCACCGAACUGGAUGGUUUCUCCAAAUCUAGCGGUGUUAUCAUCAUCGCCGCUACCAACUACCCCCAAUCACUUGACAAAGCCUUGACCCGUCCCGGCCGCUUCGAUCGCCGUGUUGUCGUUGACCUGCCCGACGUUCGCGGUCGCAUGGAUAUUCUGAAGCACCACAUGAAGCCCAUUCAAUUCGGCGGUGACGUUGACGUUGGUGUGAUUGCGCGUGGUACCCCCGGCUUCUCUGGUGCUGAUCUAGAGAACUUGGUCAACCAGGCUGCCAUUCACGCCAGCCGCGAGCACAAGACCAACGUCGGCUCAUUUGACUUUGACUGGGCCAAGGACAAGAUCAUGAUGGGUGCCGAAGCCAAGAGCCGUUUCAUCCGCGACGAGGACAAGCUUCUCACUGCUUACCACGAGGCCGGUCACGCCCUUGUGGCUCACCAUUCUGCUUCUUCCGUUCCACUGCACAAGAUUACCAUCGUCCCUCGUGGUAUGGCCCUUGGUAUCACUCAUUUCUUGCCUGAAAUGGACACGGUCUCCCGCAACUACACUCAAUACCUGGCUGAUAUUGCCGUCUCCAUGGGUGGCAGGGCUGCGGAAGAGUUGGUCUUUGGGCCCGAAAAUGUCACCAGUGGCAUCAGCUCUGAUAUCCAGGGCGCCACGCAAACGGCACAAACAUUGGUUACGCGAUUCGGAUACUCCAAGAAACUUGGCAGCGUCGAUCUGCACAGCAACUACGACUCCCUAUCAUCUGAAACCAAGCAAUUGAUCGAAGCCGAAGUGCGUCGUCUCGUCAUCGAAGCUACAGAGCAAGCCAUCACCAUCCUGACCGAUAACCGUCACGAGCUUGAGCUUCUAGCCAAGGCUCUAAUCGAGUACGAGACCCUCACCAAAGAGGAGAUGCUGCAGGUGCUCAAGGGCGAGAAGCUCAAGAGACCUGAAAUCCUCCCCAGUGCACCAGUGAAACUUCCCGAGCCUCUCCAGCUCGUCAGCUUCAACCCCACCCGGGAAAGCCAGGACGCGGAGGAAUAA